GGCAGGCAGUUUGCUGUUGCCAACGUUGGGAACAAUGGUCGCAUAUAUCUGAGGCCAACUGUCCGCCCCGCAUAUCAGCGCUACCCGCAGCCGCCCUUUGUGUUCCCAAUGACGCCACCUAGCACUGCCGGACUGGAGGCUUUGACAUCGGACGAACGCUUGGGUCAAGAUGGGGCCGCGCGACUCCAGCUGCCACCUCGAGACUGGACGCCAUCACACCCCCGAUCUUCAUCGCCCAGUCUUGGACGGGGGAAUUCGAACGAGAAACAGAUCAGGAUACGUCAACGGCACCGUCGCGCCAUGUCUGACUCGACAGUGCCCGAUACUAGUAUAGCCCGAGAGUCAGAACCAGGAGGAUUCAAAGUCGUCAUCACGAGACCAGGCGAGGAGGAACGCCCGAGGACCGUUGAUAAAAUGGACACGACCCCCCCGCCAUUAUUGGAAGUGGCCAUUCCAUCGUGGAGGAUAGGCACUCCCAGAUUCAGUGUUCGAGGGACCCCGUUCUUCCGGGGCUCGUCGUAUGCCCCGACUGAGGAGAUGCGCUCGAGCAGUGCUUCCUUUCUACGUCUCACUCCCUUAGAGGGUACGUCAAACAACUCUAGGAGGCAGAGCUUUUUCUUUCGCAGAUCGGGGCUCCUAUCCCCGUCGGCCAAUUCCGAUCGUCCCAGUCCUCAAACACCUCGCCUUCCGCCCCGGCUACGAGCAACAUACAUGUCCACCCACCUGGUCAUCGAGCCUUCCAUGUUCGAUGGCUUGACGUUCAAGCCCGCGUGCGACGACCGGACAAUUGUCCGAUACUCCGCAUCCGGAUCUGUGAUAGCAGCCACCCCGCCCCGCUUGGUCGCCGAGAUCACAUCUCCCAGCUUCCUCGACUACGAGUUGUUAUCAGAUUUCUUCUUGACCUACCGCUCUUUCCUCGAAGUCCAAGACCUCCUUCGUAUGCUCUUUGCACGGUUGAAAUGGGCGCUGAGGAGGGAUGAUGAGAUCGGCCUAGUGGUGAGGGUCCGUACCUUUGUCGCGUUACGCCAUUGGAUCCUCAACUAUUUCCUGGACGACUUCCUGGUCGACUACAACCUACGAGUCACGUUCUGCAUGUUACUCAACGAGCUUGUCGAGGAACUGUCACAGGAACUGCAAACACGGAAAUCGCCCCUCAAGAUUCUUGGGGAACUCAUGAAGUGUUGGCGAAGGGUGUGCGCGCAGUUCUGGGACGGGUCAAUGUUCGAUGCAUCACUUGGGCCGGAUGUUCCCAUUACACCUGGGGGUAUCGCAGGCCACCGCGAUCCAAACUUGGACCCGACAUAUUGGCUCACCACUGACAGCACGCCGCCGCUGCUGGACGACCUGUUCGUGCCAGCCAGCUCUCCAGGGCGUGUCAGUUUCUAUGCCUCAGUGGCGACUCCUGGGAAUAUCGACGCGAUUGUGGCCGGCGACAGGCCGGCGACCCCCGAGAAUACCGAGGAUAACGCCGGGUUGGAGAGGAACGGCGCCAUCUCGCCGACCAGUAUCGCGACGGUGGACGCUGUAUCUUGCUCGUUUCCUACCAAGAGUACACGACCCACACAAUCCGGCCUCAAGUAUCCAGCCGCGCAUCCAGUCGAUCUGAGAUCUGUACCCAACACCGACUCGGUCGCCACCACUCCCCGCUCCGUCGUUGGCAAGCGUGUCCGUUCGCAGGGGGGCCACAAGCGGAACGGAAGCCUAAGUGAUUCCCUGCGUGAGCAUCCGACAACGACGGAGAGAGGGCUCGCCGAUAUCCUUUUGGCGCUGCCAUAUGCUGGAAGCCUGGUCCGCGGAAACCUGCUACCUCCAUCUCAGGCACUCGCCGAAGUCCACCCACCGAGUAAUAAUGGGAGACAAACCACGCUCUUUCAGCCGGUGCCGCCCGAGCUGACGAAAGAGGCGACUGUAGCGUCUGCCAUGUCCGGACAAGGCAUGAAAAGGCUUCUAGGCAGCGUCCGGCGGGCUUUGAGCACUAGAGGACAAAGUGCACCACCCACGCAGGAGACAUUCAACAUGUGCCCAAUCGGGCCCAAAGGCGCGACAACCAACAGGCUUCCCGGCACUGCGAUAGUACCGCAGGCGCACGGCCGGCGGAACGGCGGUCGCCCUUCGGUUCGCAUUGAUUUGCUCGGGGCCGAGAUUGCCGAGGAUUUCAAGAAAGCUGUUCGAGAAGACUCGCAAGCUCGGAGUGAACAAUCCGUACACUUUCCCGCCGCCGCAAACCCGCAGCCCUCCGAGGCGCCUACAGAACCUUCUCCGUUCGAAUCCUCCAACGACUACGUGAUAACCCGACCAACAAGUGAUAUGGGCAUCACCGCCGGCAGCAAGUCCAUCGUCAUUGUCGAUGACACCUCGCUGCCGGCGAACUACCCGAUCAUGACGGGUGCCUUGCCGGCGGUAAACCCAUCAGUGGAGAUGUUCGCCGAGGCUUAUGUGCCAAACGGCGCAGAUCCGACACCGCCUAACACGCCUCCUGGCCGCCCUACGGGGACGCCUCGGAGGUCCUCACACCUUCUGGGCCAGCAUGUACUACGCCGUUCUCUAUCCGCGGACCCGCUACCGCCGUUUAUCCCGGAUAUGGCGACGCUAGGACCGAGCGGACGCCCGUCUCAGGACCAAGCCCACCCUUCGCUAUCAUUUCUAAUUCAGGACGCACAACAACAAGCGCUCAGUGGUGUGAAAGGGCAUGUAAGGCAGUCUUCGAAUCACUCAGACGCCUCAAAUCGCUCAGAACACCAUACCGUCCACGCAUCUUUCACCAGCGACACCUUCCAGCAGCCCACCGUUCGCAGUUUCGAUGCUACAACAGUGUCUGGGCAGUCUAUUGACGAUUCCUCCGCGGUUCUUGUCCCACAACCUCUUCGAGUGCUCAGGAGAAGACCGGGCGGCGAUCUUCGUGCUGUUGCUAACGUCGGCGAGCUAGAUUCGACAGGCCUCAGAAGAUCACGUUCAGACGCGUCGCUAACAACGUACUCGGAGUCCAUACGCAGCUCACAUUUCCGCGGCGCGGGUGCGGAUUCUGGCGGCUAUGUCAAUGUCGUGGCGAGCGACUGCUCCCCCAGCCAUGCUCAUGCCGAAGCGUUCUCCCUCGGUGCUAUUACGGAGCGGAACCCCCAGGCACAUCUGUCUCUGUUCAGUACACACUCAUCCAAGCCGAUCAUGCGACCCUCGUUCGAGCGCGAAGCUCAAAAGCUCGCUCAGAUCCCGGACGACUUGGACGAUGAUGGAGGUGUCGAGGCCGCCCUGCUGAAGCUGGAGGGUAAAUAUCAUAGGAAGAUUGGCGCUAAACUAUCGAUGGAUCUGCGGAACAGCCCUCCCCAGCUCGAUGUCUCUUCUGAACCCGAACUGGAAGGAGUCGAGGACCACAUCGCGACAAAGGAAGAGAAAAGGGAGCAUCGCAAUGUGGAGCUCGGCGAUGAACCGUAUCCGCCACCUUCGUCCUCCGCGCCAUCGACCACCGCACCCUCGACGAUCACUGCCAACGACGGCCUGCUGAACGUCAUCGGCCCCGGUGAAAGACGCCACAAUGGCGUGCAAUCUUUCCUGUCCGAUGAUUCUAGGGCAUCGUACUCGUCGAUACCGUUGUUGGAUCGCGGUCUGACAGAUGACGGACGCAGCAGACGGACGGACACCCGGGAGUGGACAGAUCGUUCCGUCCUACAGGGACCUGACGAAGAUCCGGUAACACCAGACGACCGCAGCGUCCACGAUUCGCAGCAUCCGUCGUACGAUUUUGUCGAGAAGACAAAGAGCAUGGACGAGACCCGACCUGGCGAUGCGGCACAGGCAGCCGAGCCGCUGCGGGACAGUUUGGAACAGUCGUUUCUAGACAUUGAGAGCGACAUAGAAAGCGACCUUUCCUCCGAGUUGUCUGCGGAAGAACUUAUUCAGAACGCGGAAGAAAUUGAUCCUUCGAGUAUUGGGAUCGCCAUAUCUACGCUACCGGCACAUCCUCUUGCCGAGAACCCGCCACCCUCCGCUAGUCCCCCAUCCCCACCUAUCACUCUCGUCCAGGCCCUCCAGAUGUCGCCAGAGGCCGCCGACGUCCCAACGCUCCAGGACCACCAGCUCUGGGAGAAGCCGCUACCGCCCACGCCUGAGACCACGCCGACGACACCAGGGGCGCCUUUGGAUCAGUAUCCCCUUUCGUCGCCCUCGGACCCGACUGGUACGAAAGAGGCCUUGCGAAAUGCGCCCAAGCCCGAGGUCUCGGACUCAAUCUCGGAACGUUCCAAGGAGCCAAACGGCAACUACUCGGUCCACCUUCCCUUCAUUCUCGCCUUCGACAGCGAAAUCCUUGCGCAGCAGUUCACUCUCGUCGAAAAGGACGCGCUCAAUGAGAUCGACUGGAAAGAGCUGAUCGACAUGCGCUGGAAGAAUGCCGAACAAAACGGCGUCAACAUGCGCAGCUGGGUCUCCUUCCUGCGCGAUACCAACGCACGCGGCGUCGAGGUGGUCAUCGCCCGCUUCAAUAUCAUGGUGAAAUGGGCUAUCUCAGAAGUCGUUCUCACCCAGAAUAUCGAAGAGCGCGCGCGGUGCAUCAUCAAGCUCAUCCACGUUGCGGCCCACUGCCGUCGUUACCGGAACUUCGCGACCAUGAGCCAGAUCACCAUUGCCCUGACCAGCAACGAAGUCAGUCGGCUCAGCAAGACUUGGCAAAUGGUGCCUGCUAGCGAUAAGCGUACGCUGAGCGAGCUGGAAGCCCUCAUGUCGCCCACAAGGAACUUCUACAACCUGCGCGCCGAAAUGGAGGGCGGAGGUGUCUCGGGGGCAGAGAUGGGGUGUAUUCCCUUCGUCGGGAUCUACACCCAUGAUCUGCUAUUCAAUGCGAACAAGCCGAGCGAGAUCGCGAGCUCGCCAACCACUGCGCCGCUGGUGAACUUUGAGAGGUGCAGGACGGCGGCCGGCGUGGUGAAGACGCUGAUGAGGUUGUUGGAAGCCAGUACGCUGUACACCUUCCAACCGAUCGAGGGGAUAACGGAGCGGUGUCUGUGGAUGGGCGCGUUGGAAGAUGACGAGAUCCGGCGGUUGAGUGACGGGUUGGAGUGA